AUGAAUGGAGAUUGGCACAACAUCAACGGCGGGGGACUCCCAUUCCGGAGACCCCCUCCAACUGUUGACGAUGCUCUCCCAUAUUCGCCCUUUACCUCGAUUAUCCCAUUCUCACCGGAUAUAAUACCUUUUCCUACGGCCGAGCCUCCAACUCCACCCACAACCUUGACUCCAGAUCAACAAAAGGCCGCAAAGAAAGCCGUGGGCAUCUUGAACGACGAAAUCGAGGGCCAGUCUACUGCGCAACACCUACACGAUACCUUGAAGCAGCUCCGCAAUCUUCUCCAUCGGGACAAACUACCAGAGUACCACUUCAAGCCCAUGCCGCAAUUAGCGACGCCUCCUCCAGACAGUCCUGUCAAAGGCACAAAUGGAGAGUCUUCGGGGUACACGCCUGCGCUUAGCCCAUUUGCGCGCAUGCUGUUGAAACAGACGGAUAUCACGUUUACAACACCGAGUGUCGGGGCAUCCGAACGACCUCGCAAAGAGCGCUCCCCUCCCAGACAACCCGCUGCUCCGCAACCAGUUCGUGUGGCGCCACAAAUCGCUUCCACUCCCAAUGGCAGUGCCCAUGCUCGAAACGCAGAUCUCCCGUACCCGUCCAGCGCUCUUUCAUCCGCUCCAAGUAGCACGCCUGUUCGGCCUCCAGGACCGGCUGUGAUUAUAAAGCCAAAAUCUGUUUCGCGAGAAGAGUUCAGAUACAUUGAUAGCAUCAAUACAUCGGAAAAUUUGUCGCAAAAGCAGGAAGACAAAAGAGCAGAGGGUGGGGCUGCUGUUCUAAGACCUCAUGAACGAGAGAUCGCGGACGGGAAGAUUGAUCUGCUAGAGACACUCGUUACAAACCUAACAGAGGACAAGGACGACCUCGAUGGGUCGCAGCAUUUCAGAAAGAUAAUAACCCCUGAUGGCGAAUUCAACGUACUCAAAUCGCGGUCAAUGGACAACCUCUCAGAAAAGAUGUCAGGUGUAGUCAGUCUAGGACGCUUUGAUGCACUCCCUGUAGAACUGGUCAUGCAGAUACAAUCGCUCCUUCAUCCUACUGUUCUGUCAACAACCAAGAACGGGCUUUUUUCACGGGAUGAGGCUACUUUGGAGCUUACUGAGAGCAUCACAACUGCCAAAUUUGCGUUGAAAUCUUCGAAGCUUCUACUGGAGACUAUGAUUGAAGGGCGCGACGACUACCGCAUGCGACGAGAAGAAAUCGUCGAUACCAUCAUCGAUCUCAUAAAGCUAGUCAAAGACGCAUGUAUCAUUCCCAUCGUCCAAUCGCGGCGAUCGGGCGAGUCUCAAGAUCUUUUCAACGCUGCCUCGGCUUACAGACAAGACCUACAAGCAGUAUUGCGCCUAUCCGGAGCUGUGCUUACUCGGUUUGCAACAGUCAUAGGCAAAUACAAUUUGUCUGACCGAGCUCUCAACACCCUGGAAUACCUGACACUUGAACUUCUAGUGGAGCAAAAUAGCGAAAGUGAAAAAGACUCUGUUUUCACCAUUAGGAAGUUUGAACACUUUCGCCAGAAGGCGAUGGAUGUUCUGGCUCAGAUCUUUGCGAGAUAUCCAGAUCAACGGACGUCAAUCCUCAGCGGAAUUUUCAGCAAUUUGGAAAAGCUUCCUGAUAAGAAGGCAAGCGCCAGGCAAUUUGUAUCUGCUCGAGAAAUGCCUAUCAUGACGAUUUCCGCGCUGUUCAUGCGUUUCGUUCAGGUUGUUGCGACAAACCCUGGUCCUCGUACUACAUCAUCGACCGACAGCGAGAUCAAGGACGUGAUAGUUGAGGAUGAUGUCAGCGACUACGAGCCAGGCACUUCUACAAAGAUAGUGAAGAAGGUGAACAAGGGUAGAGGUACCCCAACGUUCAUUGCGCAGAAUCUAACUACAACGGCUACCAACACCGCCUCCUUCAUUGUAACUCAACUCUGCGAGCGUGCGUCAAACACUUCGAAGUCUGGCGACAAGCCAUUCCGCAAUCUUCUGGAUCUCUUCAUCGAUGAUUUCUGCAACGUUCUCGGGUCUCCUCAAUGGCCAGCUGCUGUAAUGCUUCUACAGGUUCUUUUGGUACGAAUGAGAACGAUACUCCAGGAUGACCAAGCAAAUAAGCACUCUGUAGUCGACAAAGAUAUGGCUCUUACGACAAUGGCGAGGAUAGGCUGUGGUGUGAUUGACUUCAAAGACCAGCUGAAGAAGCUGAAACAAAGGCUAGAUGUUUCGCAAUCGGACUUGUCGUCGAACCUAGAUCGACUCGUGAAUGACGCCAUGAGUGAGGAUCAAAAGGAACGCGUUAAUGACGUGGAUCUACUUGCCUUUGACGGUCCUUACCGCAUGGUCAUUGAAUCUUUGGUUGAAUAUCUGGACCUUCGACCAUCCCAGGAAGACCCUCACCUUCAAGCAACAACUGGCUGUUAUGUUAGUUCCUGGCUCACGGCUGUCACAAAGGCAUUCCCUGAACCAAACCAAGAAAGCCGCCCAGAGCCUAUCCAAAUAGUUCAGCAAUGCUUAGAGAGUAUGAUCGUCGACCCCAAAUGGCUGGCUCGGAAAUACAAAUUUCAACCGGUAUCAGACGAUCAAAGCAAACUGGCUGCUGGUAUAAUCACGCUCCAAAGUCAAGUGUGCAGAUACCUCUCGCAGAUCGUCAACUUUAUGCAACUCUACGCUCAAGACAAAAUUUCACCUAAGCUUCGAUCACGAGGAACUACGGCAUUGCAGCAACUUCUAGACAAAGACCCCAAGGUUAUUUCUGAGGGCCAUGUCAUCAACAUGAUCUCCUCGCUCAGGGACAGCUCACCCAUGGUUCGUGAAGCGACAUUAUCAUUACUGUCUAAUUGCUUGGCCAAGGAGCCCUCUCUUGAACGCCAUGUCCUGCCACAGAUAUUGGAUAUGACGACCGAUCCUUCGAAUGGACCGAAGAAGAAGGCAAUCAAGCUUCUCAAAGAGAUUUACCUCCGUUCCAACUCAAAACAGGUUCGACUGAAGAUUGCUGCUCCGUUACUUCUUCCUUCGCAAGAUGAUGAGAGCACAAUUGCGGAACUGGGUCGGAACGUACUUGAAGAGAUCUGGUUGACCACUGCUAGCUCGGGUACGAAAACUGAUGAUAGUCAGCACCGUCUGAACCGUGAGCAGAGAGCAGCAUUCAUGGUGGACCUCCUGGAAUCUGUAGGCCAAAGCACAGUGCACUUGGAGGCUUUCGAAAAGUUCUUCAUUCAUUGUGUAUCACCUGAAUCUAAAGCACCUGCUGCAAACCUGCGCAUAUGUGGAGAGCUUGUCGCAGAUUUAGUCGAUGAAGUCAUUGAUCCAGGAAAUGGAACAGACAACAAGUCCCAGACGCGUGUCAUGAACACCCUGAGUGUCUUCGCAAGGAUCAAGCCUACGCUAUUCUCAGUUGACUACCUCCGGCAUCUGAAACUUUACAUCAAGACGAUUGUUAAUACAGACGACGUCGCCCUUGUACGGCCAACGGUUGUGGUUUUCCGUCAUGUCCUGCCAACGCUUCCUUCACUUCAACAUGCUUUUGCGGAAGAGAUUCGGGGAAGUCUGAUGCGUAACGUCCCGAAGCUAGCGAAAUUCGCAUCCUUGGGUUGGCCUACAAGUCGCGAGACUCUUCUCGACGUCGUCCAUUGUUUGUGGGCAAUCAGUGGGAUUUCCAGCAUAGGUGCCGAAAAGAUCUUCGUUACCACCUGCUCUGUGAUCAGCCAACUCCGCCCGUUAUUGUCAUCGGCCAAUGUAUUGGCAUCAGCUAAGGAGUCGGCAGUGGAAAAGGAGAAAGAGGAUGCCACCAAGUUGAAAGAGAAGAUACUUUCAUAUCUAAUCUUGCUGGGUGCUUUUGGCCAAGUUUGCAGUCUUGAUCAACAUGCCGAACCUUUCGUGGCUAAGCUCCGCGCUACCAUCAGCAAGAACGAGGCCCUCAAGAAGCAGAUGGAACCAUCCCUGAAUCAAAAGUCGCCACCUCCGCCGUCGCUCCUCCUGCUGGAUACUGUUCGGCCCUUCACUAUGCAGGCUUGGGAGCUAGACAUUCGCGAGCAAGCAUUGCAAAGUAUGGGUGGCAUUUGCCAGCAGUCACCGGAGCAUUUUAUGCGCUCUGAAGUGGAGAAGGUGGUGAAACUCGUCUUCAUCAACGAGGACAAUCACUCCCUGAGGCAUGUCGCGCUCUCUUUCUUCAGACAGUUUUUUACUGUUGCCGAACGGCGUUCCGAAACAGGCGCACAAAUCGCCAUUGGCAAAGGAGCUGUGAAUGGCUCAGCUCGAUUGGAAACUUCGUUCGCGGCCACUGGAAAUGACCAAGCAACUCUACAUCUAGCCCAGAGAUUUUUAGAGGACUUUGUGAAAGCUGCUUUACAAAACAAGAACGAGCUCGCUGUAAUCGCCACAGACAUCAUUGCGAGUAUCAGUCGCCAAGGACUUGUUCAUCCGAAGGAGUGUGGUGCCGCACUUGUGGCCUUGGCUACUUCACCGAACAAAAGCUUGGCCCAGGUGGCAGGCGACGAACACAGGCGUAUUCAUGAGAAGCAAGAGUCGUAUCUGGAGAAAGAAUACAUGCAGGCCAUACACAUGGCCUUCAGAUAUCAACUGGAUUUGUUCAACGAUCCACGAGGAAUGGUCGAAGCUACCCAUACUCCGAAGCUUGCCAAGCUUUUCGAGGCGCUGAAGACUGGCAAGAAGGCAAGCCUGAAGAAGUUCAUCGCCAACUUCUGCAAGCAAAUUGACUUUGACCUCUCCAAACUGGAUGCUAGUGGUCCUGUGCCAGAGGCUAUCCUAUACGCUCGUUUCUGUCUGGAGAACCUGGCCUUGCUGGACUUUCCGCACCAAGAGGAACUAGCAGUGUUCCUCAACGCAGUCGAAGCGAUGGUACUGAACACAACCGGACCUGCAGUGGGAGUCGUCAUCGCAGAAGAACUUCCAAAACAAUACAUUCAGGUGGAACAGCCACAGCCAAUGGACCCGUUUCAGCAACAUAUGCUGGCUGCUGGACCUAUGAAUGGAAUGUUACCAUCGCAACCGCUACCACCAGUGAUUCAAACUGUGCCUCAGCUCGCACCACCAAAUAUCGACGACGGCCGCCUUCGCCAAAUCGCAACGGCCUGUACAAUUCUCCAGAUGGUAUGGGAGACUCGCAGUUUCAUUCGGCGAUGGUAUGGCAUCAAACACAACGGACCUAUUCCUCAAAAGGAAUUUGCCAAACCUGCGACUCGCAACCACCUGGCUACUACCAGUAAAGACUUGUGGGAACGCCUAUCUGGCGUCAUGAGUGCCCUGGACACCCGCGAAAGCAUGGUGAAGCAAUGCUACGAUUUUGCAGAUUUAUUGGACAUUGAUCGGGAAACUUUCAUCGACGCAGACGGUGAUGAUAAUCUGGAUGCGGGAUAUGAGACACCCAAUGAUGACGGCGAGAGCAGCAUACCAUUCCCAACCAGUGGUCGUGGUAGAAAGCGGAAGAGCAACGUUAGCUUGGGUGGCAGUACGCCGAAAAAGUCCAAGGUCAGGCCGACAGGCUCGAAGAAGAAGAGGACCUCGCGCACGCCGGAUGGUGAAGAUGAUUCAGACUAG